AUGGCGGGGCUGCUGGCCGCGCUGGUGGCGGUGUCGCAGAAGGCGGCGGAGGUGGCGCGGCUGUGCCGGGCGGAGGAGCCGCUGUUCCGGCUGCUCGUGGCCGAGAAGACGGGGCCCGACAGGAACGCUCGGUUCCUGCACGACUUCAAGACGCUGGCGGAUGUCCUGAUCCAGGAGGUCAUCAAGCACGACCUGGGGACACAGUUCCCCGAGCUCCGGGGACACAUCCAUGGGGAGGAGUCCAACGAGUUCAGGGACGCGGAGGACUCCACCAACGAGUUCAUCGGGGGCCGUGAGGACGUGGCCGCCGUCGAUGGCGUCGCCCCCGGGGGGCUGCGCUCGGCCCUGGUGCUCGUGGGGGCCUUCGAGCGCCGCACCGGGGUCCCCGUGCUGGGGGUCAUCAACGAGCCCUUCUUCCAGCGGGACCCCCAGACCCGUGCCCCCUGUGACCCCUCCCCUCCCCGCAGGUGGCAGGGUCGCUACCACUGGGGGGUGGCACACGGUGACACCCGGCUGUGCUCGCUGUCCCCUCCCGCGGCCCGGCCGUGUCCCCGCGUGGUGCUGAGCCGGGCCGAGGGGGCGGCGGUUCGGGGGGCUCUGGGCUCUCUGGGGGGGGGUCCCCCUCUCUUCGCUGCCGGGGCCGGCUACAAACUGCUCUGCGUGGCCCUGGGGCUGGCGGACGCCUUCGUGCUGUCACAAGCCACCACCUUCGCCUGGGACUCGUGCGCCCCCCACGCCAUCCUGCGAGCCCUGGGGGGGGGCGUGGUGGCCUUGGAGGGGGCUCUGCGGGCUCAGAGGGAGGGGGGCUCCGGGGACCCCCCCGAGCUCGUUUAUCACCGCCCGCAGCCGGGGCGAGCGGGGCCCGAGCGUUGGGCGAACAGGGAGGGGCUCGUGGCUUUCGUGCACCCCCAGCACCUGCGGGCCGUGCUGGCCGCGCUGGGCGAGCUGGGCGAGCUGGGCGAGCUGGGCGAGCUGGGAGAGCUGGCAAAGCUGCCAGGCUUGUGA